AAUUGAAUUCUUCUUCUUCUUUUUCUUUUUUUCUUUUUUUUUUCUUUUUUUUUCUAUUCUAACCCCUCGACUACGCCAUUUCAAGAUAUAAACAAGAAAGAGAGUUUAAAAAAAAAAAUCUCCCAACAACAAAAAAAAAAGUAUGUCUUGCUUUGUACCUUUCAAUAACAGAAAUAUAGAUAUAUCCAUUUUUGCAUUUAAGCCAACAGUUGUUCUUGUUGAUGAACUCAUUGAAUCAUUGAAACGGUUCAGCGUUCGUACUGAAAAUCUGGGUUGUAUUCAAAGUUCUAUUUUCAAGAGCAUCCAUGGCAAUCUGAUCAUAUGGUAUGGAGGAUGGAUGAAGAAAUCUACUGAAAACAAAGAAGUUUUGAUUGAAACACUUCUAUCAAUGUUAACAAGUACGUCAAGCAUGGCUAUUUUAACACAACAUAGCUUCUUCGAUUCAUAUGCCGGCGAAUCAAAAGAGGGCUCAAAUGCAGCCAAGUUCUCCACUGGAGACAUAAUCUCCUUGAACCUCAUUUCGUCGCCGUGUUUCAGUGAACUACAAGAUGUAACCUACGCGAACUUAGCCUUAUUCAGGUCACGCUUCUCGAAGAUGGAUGGUGCGACAUCGGGCGUUUGCUUGAAAUGCCAAACCAUGCCGAUGGUAGCUUGCCUUUACGUAUGGAAAUCACUCCUCCAUUGCUAUUCGUGGAUCCUUACCUCCGAUUUCCGGAAAACGGAGCUGCCGUAUCUCGAUCGGUUUUCGCCGAGUGUGAAGUACGACAUCUUCUGGGUUGUUUAUGUACAAGAAAGUGGAGGAGAAAUCAAGAAUUAAAGAACAUAUGAUGUGGGAUUAAAAGAAAAUGUUUUCUUCUACCAUUUUGUAUAGAUUUUAGAUUGGGUUCGAACUAGGUUUAUGUGUGAACAUUAAUACACUUUAUGUUUAUCUAAGUCUAGUUUAGUCCGAAA